AUGCCAAGGAAGGCGGCUCCUAUCUGCGGUAACCCAUUGUAUUUACAAUGGAUAAAGGAAAUGAUGGAAGAGGCCGGAGGAGUAUCUAAUAGUAAAAUGUACUAUGCUUAUAAAAAGGCCUAUGAUUCAAUGUCAAAGUAUCCAGUACCCUUCAAUCAUCCCUGCGAGGCUUCGAUACUAAAGGGUGUCGGUCCCAAGAUAACUAAACGCCUCGAAGAGCGGCUAAGACAGUAUUGUGCUGAUACCGGGCAAGCGGUUCCAAUACGUUCUGACAUUUUGAAACGUGCUGCUCGUCCCCCACCUCCGCCUCCACCGAGCUCGCCACCACCACCUCUUCCUGCCACACCAACGAAACGAACAUAUGUUCCUCAAUAUCGAUCGGGAGCGUACGCUAUACUCCUUACGCUUUUCAUGGCAUACGGUAAUGGGCCUUAUCGCGCAAGUCUAACAAAACCAGAAAUAAUUAGAGAUGCGACUCAAUUUUGUGACACGUCUUUUGAUGUGCCGGUUGCCAAAACACGUAAUUACACUGCUUGGAAUGGAAUGAAGACUUUGCUUGAGAAAGACUACGUCUACAAAAAUGGGAGCCCCCCACGAUACAAGCUGACAGAAGCUGGACUGGUUAUCGCGUCUCGACUUGUGGAGACUGCCAAGAAACAAGGGAAAGAGUUGGGUCCUCUUGCAGAAAAAGAACUUGUAGUCACAACCGUUCGCGUUUCUCUAGGGGCGAAUGCAGAGGCAGAUGACACCAGUCGAGAGGUGUCAGUAGUCAGUAGCUUCGAUCGAGGUGCGGGUAGCCUGGCUGCGUCUCUGGCUAAAACUGUGUUUCCGACUAGAGCCGUGUCGCCGCCCGGGUCACUCUGGGAGUCUUCGGCAAACUAUGCCGAUUGUGGAUCUCUUAAUCACUCGGUCGUUCCUGCACCAUUGCUUAGUUACAAAGCAAGCUUAAGCGCGAAAUUAACGGCAGUUACAUCACCCCCCACUGUUGAUCCUAUGGUCGAGCAACCAGGGACAUUGAAAUCAACGGCAGACCUAUCCGCCCAUACUGUUGAGCCUAUGAUCUGGCAAUCGGCACCAUUGAAACAAAAGGCAACCCUAUCGCUCCCCACUGUUGAUCCUAUAAUCUGGCAACCAGGGACAUUUGAAGUGCAUAUCGUACUAGAUACACGUGAAAUACGACAGCGACAAGAUCGUACUUACAUACAAGAAAAGUUGGAAGAGCGUGGCAUGACUGUAAGUGUGCGUAGUUUGGAACUUGGUGAUGUUGUUUGGGUUGCAAGACAGAAAGACAGUAAUUCUGGUGAUAUCGUGCUGGAUUACAUUCUUGAACGUAAAAGGAUGGAUGAUUUGGUGAGCAGUAUCAAGGAUGGGAGAUUCAAAGAGCAAAAAUUUCGAUUGCAUAGAGGCGGUGUCGGUCAAGUAAUUUAUUUAGUUGAAGAGUUUGGCAGAGAAGAUGCUAUCGAAUUUGGGAUGCAGGCUGUUCAGACGGCAAUAUCAUCAACUCAAGUAGUCGAUGGCUUUUUUCUGAAACUUACUACUAAUGUCGACCAAACUAUUGAAUACUUGGUCUCUCUAACAAAAAUGCUCAAAAAACUAUAUGAGUCUGCUCCUUUGUACAUCAUACCCGAUUCCUGUUUACAAUAUCAAACCUACCUUCCUCUCAAAACCCAUCUCAAAGAACUUUACCCGACUCGCACUUAUCAUAUAAGUUUUCUUGCUUACAACGAACUUAACUCCAAGUCUCGUAAUCUCACUCUUCGCGACGUAUUUGCAAAAAUGUUGAUGUGUACCAAGGGUUUCUCUGGAGAUAAGGCGGCAGAGAUUAUUAAGCGAUAUUCAACGCCGCACUCGUUCUACACUGCUCUAGAAAAAUGUCAGAAUAACGAGGCAAGAUGGAAAAUGAUCAGCGAAGAAUGCGGAAAUACAUUCGGGGUUAAAAAAAUAGGACCGGUCCUGAGUGAAAGGAUCGCCAAGCUAUGGUUUGAAAAGAAAUAUGCAGAUGGAGAAUGA